AGUAACUCUUCACAGGGAUUUAUGUGUCCAAAAAAGUUUACAAAUUUGAUUGUACGAAGCUUUCCGUAGUACUUUUAAUAUCCAACAGAGGGCAUAAGAGUUCUCAAAAACAACGCUGUGCUACGUCGAGCCAACUGGGAAUGACCAAAAUUACGCGCAGAGCGUCAUGCGCGCAUUUUAAUUCACGUAUUGUUGAUAUCUAGCGUGAUAAAAAAUGGCGGCUACAUGGAAAAUACGUUUAACGGUUGUUUAUUUAAACGUCUUGUUUGUCCUGGCCAAUGCAGACGCGAAACAAAUAACCACGGAAACGGUUGUGUUAAACGUGACAGCGGUUAGUCAAACUAACCAGACUAAGUACAGUGUACAGAUAAAUUUAAAUAUAGGUCUUUUGGACAAUGAAACGUUUAUUAACGGAGCUCCUCUCAAGUCUCCAGGAGUCACAAGGAUGAUAUGUCCCGCUCUAUUGUUGGAUAGUUCUAACGUGAGCUCUAGUAAUCCUGCGGAUGGGUUGGUCAGCAGUGAGCUGAGGCUGAUGGUGAAUCAGUCAUAUGUUCAGAGCGAUGUUGGAGAUCAGCUUCUGUUACUCGUCCUGAGUCAGGAGAUAAUCCAGCUGGCAGAUGAUAAGGUCCAGCAGCCAGACGCGUGUGAGGUGGAGAUCCUGUGGAACCAGAGCUCUGAGGAGAUCACACAGGUGACCAGUAUUUACCCAUCAUCGAGAAGCAAGCUCUCUGCCAUCCCACGAGAGAGUGACGUCUUGGUGACUAAUGCAUCCAUACGUAAUACAGUUGAAGACCAAGUGCUUAACACCACCAGCCACUAUCUACUCAAACAUGCAGAGACCACUCAGGAGGAGAUCGCAGCUCCAGGGAAACUUCCUGAAACACCGUUGCGGAUGGACCCUGAAACCUUGUAUGAGUCCAGAGAGGAAGAGGAAGGGACUUCAGAUUCAUUGCUGCCUGGGUCUCCUCUGAGUGGGUCCUUGUCUUCCUAUAGUGUGGCGUGUCAGUGGGUCGAGGGGCUAAGAGAUAAACUGAGGCGCUUCUGGUCUGAUUCUAUCCCACUCUUCUUCUUGAUCAUGUGGGUGGUGGUGGUUGGUGUUGCUGGUUCAGCUGUCAUCAUUAAGAUCCUGGAUCUUCUGUUCCCCUCAUGUGAACACAGGGGAUUCUUUCAUUUGAAUCCAGAGACUCUGAUGCCAGAGGAUGAAAAACAGAGGCUGAUAGAUAACAUGGAGGGAGAAACAGAAAAAUGCAUUUUGAUAGAAAAGUGAUGGAUGUGCUCUCGUUAGUUUGGUUAUGUGGCUUUAUUUGGUUAACUAUACCAAUGAUUUCAAUGUAGCACUUUAAAGAAAAAAAAAUAUUCCCAGACAUUUCCUAAUGAAACAGAUUUCUAUUUUCACAUCUGUCUCUGUUUAACAGCAUAAUCAGCAAAGUACUUUUUGUAUUUUUCACUACAUUGUGAGGUAGAACAGGUGCAUACAUUUCAAUAAGCACAGUCCCUGAAAUAUCCUUGCUUUUUCCCCCAAUUUUAUGGUAAUGCUAGGGAUUGCCUGUUGUGUGGACGUUAACUUUGUGUCAAUACUGACUUUUAAAUGGCACAACAUAAGAGACAAAUAAUCUAUUCAGUUAAACUUUAACAGCUGACUUUUAGCUGCCCAUUCUUAAAUUAUUUCUUAUUUCUCUAUUUUUAAAUGGCCUGUAUAAACCUCUGUUGCUUAAUGUUAAUAUUCAUGUGGUUUCAGAUAUUGCCUGUUAUGUUACGCAUGCACACCAGCAAUACAUUUCAACACAGACCUGCAUUAGAUGAAUUAAAUAAAGACUCGUACACUUGGGCCCGAGCAUUUUGUCAUUAAAGUAUUCCCUCAUUACAACAUGUCAGUCAUUUCAAGUACUUUUCAACAGAAUGCUUAGAUCUCAUUGUAACCCUGUCACUGGCUGUUAAUAAAAUCAGUCAUUUUCUGCGUCA